CAAAGAUGUUGUUAAACUUCUCAUAGGCAAAGGGGCCAAUCUUGAUAGUAUAAAUAAUUUCGGAAGUACACCUCUUCAUUUAGCUGCUGAGAAUGGGCACACAGAUUUUGUUAAACUUCUCAUCGGCAAAGGGGCCAAACUUGAUAGUAAAAAUAUUUCUGGAAGUACACCUCUUCAUUAUGCUGCUGGGAAUGGUCACGGAAUUGUCGCUAAGCUUCUCAUACAUGGAGGAGCCAAUACUGGUAUUAAAGAUAAUGCGGAUCGUGUACCUUUUCAAUGUGCUGCUCAGAAUGGUCACGAUGAUGUUGCCAAACUUUUUAUCGGUAAAGGAAACAAAAUUAAUAUUGAAGAGCAAUUGGAAUAGAUUCAAUAUGCUGCCAACAAUGGUGAACUAAUUCAGCUGAAUAAUUGGAUUAUUUCUUUCAGUUCCCGUAUUCAAUUGUAGUGUAGCAUAUAUAUCAGCCCUUUUGGUCAGCAGUUAGACAAUUUAAUGAAAGAAAAUCAGAAUAUGUUAAUAAUGUAGAAAGAAACAAAUAUGUAAAAGCAAUUAAAG